GCAAUGGUAUCUUUAGGGCUGCAGAUUCUGGGCGUCGGGCUGGCGGUGCUUGGAUGGAUUGGAAACAUACUGAUCUGUAUGCUGCCCCUGUGGAAGGUGUCUGCUUUCAUUGGGAACAACAUUGUGGUGGCUCAGACCAUCUGGGAAGGACUGUGGAUGAGCUGCGUGGUGCAGAGCACCGGCCAGAUGCAGUGCAAAGUCUACGACUCCCUGCUGGCCCUGCCCCCGGACCUCCAGGCGGCUCGGGCUAUGGUGGUCAUCGCCAUCCUGUUCUCUCUGUUCGGCCUGCUGCUCUCUGUGGUCGGAGGGAAAUGCACCACCUGCAUUGGGGACAAGGCAGCAAAAGCCAAAGUAGCCAUCGCCGCAGGUGUUUUCUUCAUGCUGAGUGGGGCUCUCUGUCUGGUGACUGUGUCUCUGCCUGCUAACACUAUCAUAAAGGACUUCUACAACCCCAUGGUUUCUGACGCCCAGAGGAGGGAGCUGGGUGCGUGUUUGUACAUGGGCUGGGGAGCAUCAGGACUACUGCUGGUCGGUGGCGCUCUUCUCUGUUGUCAGUGCCCGUCAGGAGGAGACCGCUAUAAUGGAGCAAAGUACUCCGCGCCUAAAUCCACAACACCCGGGAAGGAAUUUGUCUGA